AGGAAGUCAGCAAGGAAAUGGAGAAGGCCGUUAAGGAAUUGAAAGAAACAGAGAAAGUUGCCGUUGGGGUCAAGGAGCGACAGAAGCACGCUAAAACGCGCAGGAAGAAGCUCGAGAAGUCUGUGCAAGAGGAUACAACUGCUUUGAGGAACGCUCAGCAUUUGAUCACCGACAGCGGUGAACGCCUGGACAAGAAUACCGCCAACCUCGAGCAGUACCGGGAAGAGUUAGUCGAAGCCGAAGCUGAACUGGAGAAGAUUCAAGAUGGCCUGCGAGGCAAAACCGCCAAGUUCCACAAGCAAAUCGAACAGAAGCAGAAGGAGCUAGAGCCCUGGACGAACAAGAUCGACGCAAAGAAGACCCAGCUUGACGUCGCUCAAAGCGAGCGCGAUACACUCGUUCAGCGUGGCGAGGCGCUUAAACAGGCGGUUGCUGAGGCACAGGAGACUUACAAAAAUCUCCAGGAAGAACAGCAAGAAAAGCUUCGUGAACAAGCUGAAUGUCGAACCGAGAAGGAGAAGUUGAAACAAUUGAUCGCGGCCGCCACAGCAAAGAAACAAGCAGCGCAAAAGGACGUUGAAGAAUGGCGGGCGAAGGCCAAUUCGGCAAGGAGCCGCGUCGAAGAAGCCAAAGCGAACCAGUCUGCAAACCGCUCCCGCAGCGCCCUCCUCGAGUCUCUUCAUAGCCUCAAGGAACAAGGGCGGAUCCACGGCUUCCACGGCAAAUUGGGCGACCUCGGUACCAUCGACGACAAAUACGACGUCGCUAUUUCGACUGCUGCUGGCGGUAGCUUGGCUAACCUCAUCGUCGAUAAAGUCGAGCAAGGAAGGGAAUGUAUCGAAUACCUCCGUACCAACAACCUUGGCCGUGCCUCCUUCAUGAUUUUGGAAAAGCUCUCCGAGUCGCCAAGGAUGAAGAAGAUCAACACUCCAGAAGAUGUUCCCCGACUCUUCGACCUCGUUAAACCGAAGGAUCCCAUCUACCGCAAGGCAUUCUACAAGGCGCUGGGCGACACCUUGGUCGCGCAAGACACUACUCAAGCCAACCGAAUCGCUUUCGGUGGUAGCCAGAGGUGGCGUGUCGUCACGCUGGAUGGGGCCUUGAUCGAGACUUCUGGUGCCAUGUCCGGUGGAGGAGCCCAACCUCAGAGGGGUGCCAUGAACUCGAAGCUCGCUACGGACGUGUCGCCACAACAAAUGAGGCAAUGGGAGAAGUCGAGUGCGGAGGCUGCGGAAAUGUUGCAGAAGGCGUUCAGGGAACAGCAAGAGGCCGAUUCCGAGUUGGAGAAGCUCCAGCGCGCUGGGCCGGAGCUCGACAUGAGAUACCAGAAGCUCACCUUGGAAUUGGAGACGAGGAAGGUUAGGAUUGCGGAGGCUGCGAAGCGCUUUGAAGAUCUCAAGGCCCAAAACAAACCCAACGCCAAUGACGCUGCGCGCAUCCGUGAAUUGGAGAAGCAGAUUGAAGUUCAUACUGCCAGUCUCGAGGAGCUUCAGGAGUCAGCGGAUAAGAUCACCGAAGCUAUCCAGGGACUUGAAAGAGAGAUCUUGAAGAUUGGUGGAGCCCAGCUCAUGCUCCAGAAGUCCAAGGUCGAAGGUCUUCGAACGCAUAUCGGACUAGCCAACGAAGCAAUUGCCAAAGCAGAAACGGAGAGGAACAAGGCUACUGCUGAUGUUAAGCGACUGACCGCCUCGGUUGAAGCCAACGAGAAGGCAUUGGUAGAGGUCAAGGAGGAGCUGGCGAAGCUCGAUGAGGAGGUUGAAGAAGCCGAAGAGUUCUUGACGGCGUUGCGAAAGACCGUCGAGGAAGCUCAGAACAAGACGGAGAACCAGAAGGAUGAACUCGACGAGAUCAAACAGGACUUGGCGAAUGCCGAGGAAGGUUUGGCCAAGUUCAAAAAGAAAGAGCUCGAGAUUAAGAACAAGAUCACCGACACAAAGAAGAUCAUCGACAACUGUCAAGAGCAAAUCGACGACUGCACGGAUAGGCACGACAAGUUGAAACUCCACGAUAUCGAUGAGGAAGAAGAUGACAGUGAUGACGAGGAAGACGGCGAACAUGCUGACGGAGAAGGGGAUGGCGAAGGGCACGAUGACGGCGAAGGCGAACCCAACAUCAAACCUGAUCCUGACGCACCGCCGAAGCAGAGCGAGCAGCUGAAAUUGUACGGCGAGGAUGAAUUGAGAAAGAUGCGCAAGGAUGCCCUCCUGGCUGACACCGAGUUGUUGGACGAGAAAAUUAAAAACUCGAAGGUCGACCUUACUGUCUUGAAGGAAUACAAGAAACAGCAAGCGCUUUUCGACAACCGUGCUAAGGAACUUGAAGAGGUUACGCAGCAACGAGACGCUAAGAAAGCGGAAUACGACGGCCUGCGGAAGCAACGGUUGGAGGAGUUCAUGACCGGCUUCAACUUGAUUUCGAUGAAGCUGAAAGAGAUGUACCAGAUGAUCACGUUGGGAGGGAACGCCGAGUUGGAACUUGUUGACAGUAUGGAUCCAUUCUCCGAGGGCAUCAUCUUCAGUGUCAUGCCCCCGAAGAAGAGCUGGAAGAACAUUUCAAACUUGUCUGGCGGUGAAAAGACACUCAGCUCUUUGGCUCUAGUCUUUGCCCUCCACGUCUACAAGCCCACUCCACUGUACUUCAUGGACGAGAUUGAUGCUGCACUCGACUUCAGAAACGUGUCUAUCGUCGCUAAUUACAUCAAGGAUCGUACCAAGAAUGCCCAAUUCAUUAUCAUCUCCCUCAGGAACGAUAUGUUCGAACUCAGCCAUCGCCUCAUCGGUAUUUACAAGACCAACAAUGCCACGAGAAGUAUUUCAAUCGACAAUCACAAACUCUUGCCGACGGCUCCUCAGCAAUCCACAGCUGCGGCGUAAUCUUGAUACAUACCUGCAACUUCAAUAUUGUACUUCCAAUCCGUGUACCUUAUUUCUACUGUAUAUCCAUAUUUAUUGACAGUGUUUCGAAA